AUGGCUGAAAACCCUCACAUGCUCAGCGAGCCCAUCGAAAUCGACUACGAGGCCUUGCCUGAUGAUGCUAGCAUAGCAGCUCAUCUCCUGGCUGGUGCCUUCGCUGGUAUCAUGGAGCACACGGUGAUGUUCCCUAUCGAUUCGAUCAAGACCAGAAUGCAGAUGAUAGCGUCGGGCCAGCCGUUGAGCAAGUCGGUCAUUGGCUCCAUCUCCAAGAUUUCCAGCCUGGAGGGCGCCUACGCUUUGUGGCGAGGUGUUUCUUCGGUUGUCUUGGGUGCUGGUCCAGCUCACGCCGUCUACUUUUCGGUUUUCGAAGCUACCAAGACCAUGUUGGUGAACCGUUUGACUGACUCCAAGACCACCAAGAUUGUCACCGACGAGUCCCACCCCUUGAUUGCCCUGGGUGCCGGUAUUGCUGCCACUGUGGCCUCUGAUGCUUUGAUGACGCCGUUCGAUGUGUUGAAGCAGAGAAUGCAGCUUGGUACCUCCACCGCUGCUGUGGAAUCCUCCCAGUCCAAUUCCGCCAAACUAAUGAAGACUGCCGGCCAGAUUUAUCGUAAGGAAGGUUUGUCUGCGUUCUUUAUUUCAUACCCAACGACGCUUUUCACCAACAUUCCCUUUGCUGCCUUGAACUUUGGUUUCUACGAAUACCUGUCGCAGGUGUUGAACCCAGACAACAAAUACAACCCAUACUACCACUGUAUCUCCGGUGGUAUUGCCGGUGGUAUUGCUGCUGCCUUGACCAACCCAUUGGACUGUAUCAAGACUGCCUUGCAAACCAGAGGUGUGUCUCAGAACGAGCUGUUGAGAUCCGUCAAUGGUUUCGUAUCCGCCUCCAAGGCCUUGUUCAAGCAAGGCGGAAUCGGUGCUUUUACUCGUGGUCUUAAGCCCAGAAUCAUUUUCAACGUGCCCUCCACUGCCAUUUCCUGGACAGCUUACGAGAUGGCCAAGGAGGUCUUGUUGAGAGACUAA